AUGUCGGGUUUGUUGGCGACCAGUGUUUGGGCCGAAGUGUCGGUGCAGUCAAUACAAGAGCAACAGUUUUACGCUAAACUCAAUGGCAGUUAUUGUUACGACAGUGCCGUCAAUGCGAUAACCGGUGCCAAUGAUAUCAAACGCUUUUGUUGACUAUACGCGUGUGUUAUACGACUGCCUCCCGGACCCAUACCUCUACCACUAAUAGGCAACCUAUGGAUAUGGAUAGGAAACAAGUUACAUAUCGAUGUUAAGUUUGGAGAGUUAUGCAAAAAAUACGACCCGGUGUUCACAUUAUGGAUCGGACACAUGCCGGCCGUCUUCAUAAACGACAUCGAUUUGGCCCGAGAGGUGUUUCGCAAGACUGACUUUGCCGGCCGUCCGGCCAGUAGUUAUACAAGUACUCUGUUUUCCAACGAUGAGUACACGGAUAUAGUAUUCGCCGAUUUUGGCCACAAAUGGGAAGCCCUAAGACGUGUCGCUCAUUCGGCCGUACAAAAAUAUGCGGCGAGUGAUAAACUAAUGUAUACGGCGGCCGAUUGUGUCGAUUACACCAUUAAGACAAUAGUGGACAGAGAGGGCAUUGAUAAGCCGUUUAAUCCAAUACCUUAUAUUCAUCACAUGUUGGUUAACAUACUGUCCGCCAGCGCUUUCAAUAAA